CUUUCCUUCGAAAUUGUGAAAUGGAAAUAAGGAUUCAAUUUGAGAGCCCGACAUUUUUGGUUUAUUUCAAUUUUCAAUUUUCUACAAUUUUUUUAAUUAAAUUUAGUGGCUGAAUGACAAAAACCGGACAAGCGGCUCGAUCGGCUCGAACGGUUAACCGCCUCGGCCGCUCGCCAACCGCUACAUAAAACCGGAGCGGCUUUUAGACUGUUCCGAGUCGAUUUUGUGAUCGAGUGGAGGUUUUACCGGUCGGGCCGAGCGGCUCGGCUCGACUUUAAUAACACUGCUUUUGAGGGUUAGAUGGAGGUUUAUGAGAGGUACCACGUAGCAUUAAUAUGGUCGAAUAAAAGUGUUUUUGACACUUAUUGGGUUGUGUCAUCCCACCAAGAGGAGGAAGAAGAAGAAGAAAACUUUGGUAUUGCUUUAUGAAUAAAGAUUUGUUAACAGGAGGGAAGACGUGUAUGAUAUUUUGGGACAUCUGUUGGUCGUGACCCACAUGAAAAUAUGGUGAUUUUUUAGGGCACUGUUUUGAGCCGUAGGGGGUGGGCAAAGGAAAAUAAUUCAUGAAGAAAUUGUCCCACAAGGCCACAACUACCAAAACUUUCCCCAUCCUCCAACCCCUCCAAUCCUAAAGCUCCGUCCAAGUAGCGAACGCGAGGGUCAGCUUAACUGGUGAGUCGACACACUUUCCAUUGUAAAAUCGUGUGUUUGAUUUCCAGUGAUGUCACUUUUCCUUUGCCCGCUAGUAGGCUGGUAACACCGUGUAAUAGGUUAUUAUCGUCAACGGCAACAACAACAAAAAAAAAAAAAAAAGCUUCGUCCAACUCCAAGUAGACACAAGUUCCCAUUGGUUGGAUUGGAAUUGCCAUGAGAAAUAUGAAUGGGUCAAUUUCAAAACUAAUCACCCAUUUAUCAUGGACGAAUUUGGAUGGAACAUCUAAUGAAUGAACGGAUGGAAUUAUUUAUACUGUGUCGUAUUUCCUCAAUGUAUCGUGCAUAAUUAUUAUUUAUAUUGUGUGUUGACGGACUACUACCGUUAUUGUUCAAUGUAUCACGCUAUAAAAUGUUUACCACCACUUGCAUUGAAGUAUGCCGAAUGAAGAAGAAAAGGCCAAAGUUUGGUGUUUAAUUUCAUAUGUCAUGCACUGGAUCGUUUUUCAUAUAAAUCACGGCUAUAGUUUCAUCGAACAAGGAUGCAGAUAACGGAAACCAUAAACAAUAACGGAGAUACACAUGCUACACAUGUUCACAACAACCUAACAACAGUUAAGUUUAGUAGAAGAACUAUUCCUAUUUAAGUAAUAAAAAAUUUGAAUGAAAGAUUUCUCAGAAGAUUGAGAUCUCAUGUAGAAAACUAAUUUUGGUUAAAUAAAUUUAAGAAAGCUCUUCUACUGUACUCUAAAGUAUUGGCGUUUGGAUAUAUAUAAAUUGAAAUUGUACCACAACAUUAAAAGCACAACUUCUUUUUGAAUCAUAAAAGAAUUAGAACCUUUAUGUUAUGAUACAAGUUACGUAUGUACCAAUACCAUAGCGUAAAGUUACAAAAUUAGUUUGUAUCGUAAAUUUUUUACAAAAAGAAAAUUCAAUCCAUGAGUCUACAUACUUUAAGGGUACAACUCCGUGGACCCGACAGACUUGUAAAUUCCAUGAUUAAAGGUGAGAUUUGAGCGAAGGCUAAAAAUUCAUCAUGCCAACAUAAUUAAUAAAGUAAAAUUAAUGACAAAAUUCAACAAGCAAACAAUAAGAUUUUUUUAUUACCCAGGAACCUCAGCCCCACGUGCCACUUUGUGACAGCGGAUCCUACUAAACUUGGGGGCCACCUGCAAUCAAUUUCGACGCCAACGGAGCUUCGCCAAGCAACCUUGUAAGCUCUUUCAAAUCCAUAAUAAUAACAAAUCCGUCAUAAAUAAUAAAUUUAGAAAUUGUCAAAAUUCUAAGUUUUACCAAACCCAUAUUUUUCAAAUACAUUGAAACAAAUUACUAGUCCUAACCCUUUCUUUCGGCUAAGUCAGCCCAUACCCGGUAAAUAAAUGGGCCAGUUGCAUCCUAGGAAUCACAAUUAAUACGUCUCCCAUUUGGGCCUCCAUUCCUAUAUUUGGAAGAAGAAAAAAGUUAAAAUAGAAGGAAACAAAAAGUAUCCAUUGCUGCCUCCCAGAUGGGCCCAAAGAUGAACGGGCCCCACGUGUCCAGCGUAGGCCGGGGAGUGGGAGGCGGUCUACGACCAAGCAUUUAACGAAUCACGAGACGACAAAUGGCAGGGGCCCGUACAGUUGGCUAAAAAGGUAGUGAUAGGUUUAGUGAUAAUAGUCGAGGCUACGUGGCGCGAUGGAGAAGCUGGCAAUCCAUGAAGCAACAUUCCAAACCGUAUCCUUUCUCUCGUCCAGAAUUGAAAAGGCGGAUUCUCGUGGCAAGUGGGUACUGCUGCAAAUUGCUAAACGUUGUCGUUUUGUCUGUGAGAUCUCCAACCCGGUAAAAAAGGGGAUCCGGCCCGGCCCGGCCCACAAUUUUUCAUCUCGUCCUUUUGCUUUAUGACGGUUGGUGCCACUGUACUACUUGUCUCUAGCUCCCUAUUCCCUGUUAAUUACCACACAUAAGUUUCUCAACUAACCAAAUCUUUGCCGCUGUUCCUUCCUUGAAUUAUGAUUUUUCUUCGUCAGCGUCUUAAACGAUACAUGUAUAAUAACAAUUUUAUUAAAACAAUUAUGAUUAUCGUAUUAUCGUUAAAUAUAAUCAUGAUAUUAACAUCUAUCCUAUUAUCCCAAAAUGAGAGCACAUAGAGUGAAUGCGAUCAACUAUGAAGUUAACUUUUUCUGGGGAUGGCUCAACGAGUUGAGUCGGGUAUAGAUAGUGCAUAUCUACUACUCAAUACGAAGAACCACUUCUGACCGUCCGCUAUUGUUUAGUUUCAUUGUGCCGUUUAAUAGGGUUUUGCUGUUGACCCGUCUUUGACCACCGAUAGUUUUGGUUUUACCCAUAUCAGUACCCCAUACAAGAAUCGAGUAGAAUAUCAAAACUAUACUCAUAUGAGUCAUAUCCUAUUGGGUUUGGGUUCCACGAUUAACUAUGGAUAAUAAUUUGUCUUUAUGAUUUCAACCAACAUGUUAACAAUUUUUUUUACACAUACUGACAUUACAUAAGUGAAAAUUUAAAACAAUGAAUGAAUAGAAUUAGUAAUAAAAUGAUAAAUGUCAAAUAUGUUGACAAACCAUGCAUACCCAUCUCUCGCAAUUCAAAUUUUGCCAUCCUAAACUUUAAGCAAAUGGAUUGCCAUUCUGGUUUUUUUUUUUUUUAAAUAUAUUUCAAGUUUUAACUUUUAACGCAUUGGAGUGUAGAACUGAGUUAACACUUAACAGUGGUAAAACUGCAAUAAAUACCAAACAUCAGUGGCAGUUUCUGGACGACGCUAGUUAGCUGAUCGUUCGAGUCUCUCGUCUCUCGUCUCUCAUGGGCCAAACAUAUUUUAGUACCAAUAAAUACAUUUAAUUUCUUUAUUCUUUUCCCCGUAACCGAAAAGCCCACUCACAGUCACAGGGAAGAAGAUGUGGUCUUCGUGCAUUUAACCAGAGGUCCAUCCAAACGCCAGGCCCUCAAAAAACUCCCCACCUCCCUCUACCCUUUCCCCUCUCCUCGUUAUCCUUCCUCUCCAGUCUCCUCACCGUCCAAUCCGCCUUUCCUUUCCCCACCCCCAACUACCAUGGCGGCAGGACUCUCCUCCUCCGCCGCCGCCGCCGUGGUUUUCAAACCUCUCCGCCAAUUCCACGGCGCCGCUCGCCCCCUACUCCCCUUCCCUCCUUCGAUUCGGUACAGAACCGAUACCACUAAUAACAGUACCGAUUUCUUCCGACGAGGCCGGACGAGGAAGACGAGCUUCGCCGUCUGUUUCGUGCUGGAGGAGACGAAGCAGAGCGUCCGCGUUAUUGACGACCGCCAGAUCGAGAAUCCGACCGCCGCGGAGGAAGAGCCGAUGAUUGAGGAGGCGGAGGAGACGACGACGACGACCGCGACGGCGCCGACGCCGCAGAUCCUGCCGCCUCGCGUCCUGGAGAGGCUGGCCCGGAAGAAAUCGGAGAGGACUACUUAUCUCGUGGCCGCCGUCAUGUCGACUUUAGGCAUCACUUCCAUGGCCGUCAUGGCCGUUUACUACCGCUUCCACUGGCAAAUGGAGGGAGGAGAGGUGCCGUUAUCGGAAAUGUUCGGCACAUUCGCUCUCUCGGUCGGCGCCGCCGUGGGAAUGGAAUUCUGGGCGAGAUGGGCGCACAAGGCGCUAUGGCACGCCUCUUUGUGGGAGAUGCACGAGUCCCACCAUCGACCGAGGGAAGGGCCGUUCGAGCUAAACGACGUGUUCGCAAUAAUAAACGCCGUUCCAGCUAUCGCCCUCCUCUCCUACGGCUUCUUCAACAAAGGCCUAAUUCCGGGCCUCUGUUUUGGAGCUGGACUGGGAAUUACGGUGUUUGGGAUGGCCUACAUGUUCGUCCACGAUGGUCUCGUACACAAGCGAUUCCCCGUGGGUCCCAUCGCCAACGUGCCUUACUUCCGCAAGGUUGCUGCCGCCCACCAGCUUCACCAUACGGAGAAGUUCGAAGGAGUCCCAUAUGGGCUGUUCCUUGGACCCAAGGAACUAGAGGAAGUUGGAGGACUUGAAGAAUUGGAGAAGGAGAUUGCUAGGAGAAUCAAAGCUUACAAGGGUUCUUGACUUUUUUUUCCCCCUCUUCUUUUACGGGGUCUCCUGCCUCAAAUUUUGGAUUAAUUAGUACUACUGGAGAAUUGUUUAUCGAGAAAGAAAAAAAAUGGAAAAUGAAUGAAAAUCAGAUCAUAGGAAUAUGUAGCUAAUUAAAGCUACAGUCAUGUAAAUUCUCAAUUCGAUACGCUCAAUGACUUUAGUUCUUGUGGUUAUGUAGUAGUUGGGUGUCUAUGUGAAACAAUCCGUGUUUGUAAGAAAGGAAAAAAAAAUAUAUUAUAUGUAGAUGCUAUCCAGGUUCAUGACUAGUGUUAUUAUCUCUAGACCAAAUUUUUAUUUGCAUACAGAAGCUCUUCUAUUGUGAAUGAUAUUGUUCAACCACGUAAGAUUUUCAAUUAGUCGGUGAUUUGUGUGGCAUCUCAAUUUCCAAUGAUCCAUCCAAAUACGAAUAAUUAUUGUAACGAAUUCGAUUUGUAUCAUUGUAUGUGUACGUAAGAGAUUCUAAAAAAAUUGAGUCAUUUUGACAAAGAAGAUUACUCUCUAGGAGCUAAAAACAUGUCCAUAUGCAAAUGUGAAUGUUGAUGAGUUGGAUUAGGCAAUUGGGCUCUCUUUCUUGUUUUGUAAUUGAUCCAACUUCCACGUGCAGAAGACCUAACUACUGGCACGCUCAAAAAUUAGGAGUCCUCUCCUUCAUUCUUAAUCCUAGCAUAUAAUUAUUGAUUGAACAUAAUACUUCAUGUAUAGUCUGUGGAGCCAUCAUACACAUACUUACUGUAUAGACCGGUCGAAUUGAUUGAACAUCAUAUGUAUGUAUCGGUUGGUAUUAUGAUUUUGAUGAUUCUAUUUCAUACACAAGAAACUAUAUGAUCUCGUGAUGUGCUCUGAAUAGAAUACACAUAAACGGGUGAAAACACAAAAAAAAAAUUGAUAAGCCAAUUUUUAUUGUCUUCAUCGUGCCGCGCAACUAGUUAGCAAGCAUAUCUACAUACGACAAUCAAUAUGAUAUAACUAAAUACGUGACAUACGAAAUGUAACACAAAACUUUGUUUUUCCUUCUUCAUUCACGAUAUUUCGGCGCAGAAAUAAUUACAAGCAUGUAUGUCAUCGACAAUUAUAAUAAUCCGGCGUAAUAUAUUCUGAUUUUUCUUAUCAUAUAGUACAAUCGGCACACUAUAACUAGCGAUUUUGUACGACAUUAAAGAAAAAUUACAAAGAUAUAAUAUACAAGCCUUUUUUUGACUGAAAUAUACAAGCCUUCAAUACAGUGGAAACCUAACUUGUUUUCUUUUUUAUUUAAGUUCUUUAGAUAUAUAGAAUAUAAAUGAGGGUGACACACCUAAGCCAACUAGGAAGCUUAUAUAUGAGACCUAAUGGCAGGCCAUCUUACAUCACAUAUGAAGUGAAACACUGACCUUCAAUUUGGCUUUUUUUCUCCAUUCAUGGUACUUCACAAACAAUACCACAUAUUUCUAAUCUUAGUAUGUUAAACAAUAACAACAAGAACAUGAUGAGAUGCUCUGACUAACUUUUAUCAUUCAAUAUAUAGUCGACACACUAUAAAAGUAAUUAUGGACGAUACACUAAAAAUACAUUAUUGUGAUAGAAUUUUGAAUAUACUGUCGACACAUGAUGAUUGAAAUUUUACGAAGAUAAGCAUUAAGAGUUAUACUGAGAUGGGACCUCUUGAGGGAAUUACCCGUAAAAAAAGAGCAAUUUCAAAUUCUGGACGCCUAAGCCUAACACAUUACACAUGAAGCUUGGAGAUGUUCAUAAGCAUAUGCAACCUCCAAUCCAAUCACAAAACUGUCAUAGGUUUCAUCCCUAUAGAUAGUUGGGAUACCCUUCCAUCUAAAGGCUUGCACUAUAGUACUAAACACUGCACUAUUCAUUCUUACGAAUGGGUUGGGUCGUCGUGGCACACUUCCCUUCCACAAAAAUCAUACAAGAAAGAAAAUACGAUUCA